GUUGCACUCUCCCGCAACUCUCCUGGCCGUGAUCUCCGAGAGUUUAUCUUCCACCAGCAUGGCCUCCCCGGAUGUUGCCCCUCAUUUUGGGGCGGAGUUGAAGGAUGCCUUCAAGCCGGUCAACAAUUGGGUCUCCAAUGGCAUCGGAUGGCUGGACGAGAUACAACAGUUCUAUCGCGAACGCAGCGUCAUCGAGAAGGAGUACGCCUCCAAGCUGACGGCGCUAUGCAAGAAAUACAACGACCGCAAGGCCAAGAAGAUCAGCAACCUGAGCGUCGGAGACACCCCGAGCAUGACCCCAGGUUCGCUGGAGAGUGCGUCGCUGACGACGUGGACCACCCAAUUGAACGCCGUCGAGUCGCAUGCCGGCGAGCGCGACCAGUUCGGCAACGACCUGCUCGUCCAUGUCGCCGAGCCGCUCAAGCAGGCGGCCGCGCAGUACGAGGAACUCCGCAAGUGCCAUGUCGACUUCCACGCCAAGCUCGAGAAGGAGAGGGACUCCUCAUACAGUGAUCUGAAGAAGGCCAAGGGCAAGUACGAUGGGGCGUGCCAGGAGGUCGAGGCCCGCCGGAAGAAGAUGGAGAGCUCGUUCGACCACAGCAAGUCCAAGGCGCAGGCGGCAUACCAGCAGCAAAUAUUGGAGAUGAACAACGUCAAGAACACAUACCUCAUUAGUAUCAACGUGACCAACAAGCUGAAAGAACGAUUCUACCACGAAUACGUGCCGGAACUACUCGACGGCCUACAAGACCUCAACGAAACGCGUGUCGCGAAGCUGAAUGGGCUGUGGUCGCUCGCCGCACAGCUGGAGAAGGGCUCGCUCUCGAAGAGUACCGACCAUAUGACGAACCUGAUCAACGAAAUCCCUCGCAACCUCCCCCAUCUCGACUCACUCAUGUUUGUCCGCCACAACGCCACACAGUCGCAAGAGCCUGCCAACGUGGUAUUCGAGCCGAGUCCGAUCUGGCACGACGACGAGGCGCUCAUCACCGACGAGGCCGCCAAGGUCUUCCUGCGCAAUCUGCUGAGCAAGAGCAAGACACAGGUUCGGGAACUGCGGGUGGAGACGGAUCAGAAGCGGCGCGAGGUGGAGGCCGCCAAACGGGUGCGCGAGGGCAUCCAGCAGGGCAAGGACAAGCGCAGCGAGGUGGAUGUCGUGCGGUCCAUCUUCCACCAGCAAGAGGCGUUGCACGAGGUGGAUCGCCGGCGACUGACGGCGGAGGUGGAAACGUCGACCAUCAUGUCGGUGGUGGGCGAUCUAUCGCUGGGGGCGCGCAACCACAACUUCAAGUCGCAGACGUUCAAGAUCCCCACCAACUGCGACCUGUGCGGUGAGCGCAUCUGGGGGCUGUCGGCCAAGGGCUUCGACUGCCGCGACUGCGGCUACACGUGCCACAGCAAGUGUGAGAUGAAGGUGCCGGCGGAAUGUCCGGGCGAGCAAUCCAAGGAGGAGAAGAAGAAGCUCAAGGCCGAGCGACAGGAGCAGGCCAACGCGGCCCCGGCGCCGCUGGACCUGGAGCCGUCCACGACCUCGUCGACCGCCCCGUCCCUCACCCGGAAGGACACCAUGAACUCGUUGAGCUCGGGCUACGCCGUCAGCGCCAACCGGACGCUGUCCAACGCCACCAGCCAAUCUCCGCCGGCGGAACUCCCCACGCCCGUUGCUGAGACCAAACCGGCUGCCCGGAGGAAUCGCAUCCUGGCACCGCCCCCAACACAGUACGUCCACCCACCCAGUGAGUCCCCGAGCUCCAAGCCCGGCGAGACGCGGGGCAAGAUGAUGUACGCGUAUCAGGCCGGUGGUCCCGACGAAGUGACCGUACAAGAGGACGACCUUGUGGCCAUUGUAGAACCAGAUGAUGGCUCCGGCUGGAUGCGCGUCCGCAUCGGCAGCGAAGAAGGCCUCGUCCCCGCGGCCUACGUCGAGCCCGCACCGGCCGCCUCCGCCUCCCCGGCCCCCUCCCCAAGCCCGGGCUUCACAGCCGAGCGCCCCGGAUCAACAUACUCGAACUCAUCAGCGUCGCUAGGCGGCGGCGCCGGCAAGCGCAUCGGGCCGGCGGUGGCUCCGCGGCGUGGCGCCAAGAAAGUGCAGUACGUGGAGGCGCUGUACGACUAUGAGGCGCGCAGCGACAUGGAGUGGAGCAUGGUGGAGGGCGAGCGGUUCGUGGUGGUGAAUCGCGACGGCGGGGAUGGCUGGGCGGAUGUCGAGAGGGGGGGUGUCACGAAGAGCGUGCCGGCGAAUUAUAUCCAGGAGGUGUGAUUGUCCUGAUCCUGACUUGACUGGCGUGUAUCUCUAUCGGGGAUGUACCUAGGCAUCUAGCUGGUGUGGACGGGGUGGACGGGGUGGAUGGGUGGAUUCGUUUUGCAUCGGAGCAUGGGAUGGCGGCUUGGUUUGGUUUGGCUUGCCUUGGCUUUUGGGUAUUGUUAGUAGUGAGUGGGAGGAGAUUGUACAUAGG